ACUAGCCAGACCAAUAAAACCCGGGGACGGUAGAUCUAAGAGAAGUUUUUUUUGUUUCUUUAAAUGAAGAAUCUAAAAUAGAACGACAGCCAGAGGGAUUCCAACAGGGUAGAGGAAUCCUGCUAAAACAGGAAAGAUAAGGAGAGAGAUACGGAGAGGCUGCCAUAUACACAAAGGGGGCGGGGGGUGGACUGAGUAACCCUGAAGCCAAACAAAAUCCAGGAAGACAUCUAAAUAGUUAAAAGCACAGCAAGAUCUUGCUAGAUUUUCAUGGGAGCCUGAGAUGGACCAGGAGUUGAUUACGGCACUCAAAAGAGCGCACCUACACCCCCUACAUGCGAGUCAAAAAGAGAUUGGAACACAAGAAAGACGAACCUAGGCGUGUCUUGUCUAAUGUCUUGUAUUGUAUUGUAUUGUGUGCUACAACAAUACUGCCGUCUGAGAGUAUAGAGCGUAGACCAUAGACAAAACCUAUUAACAUAACAGAGCCUGUAAAACAAGGGCAGGAAACAAACAUUGAAAACACACUUUGAGCCGCCUUGUGCAAGGAAGGAAACUCAUCCACAAACCCAUAGAAGAGAAGAAGACCAAGUGUUAGGAGGUGGGUAGGCCCCAUGUUAGCAGACGACUGCAAACCUGGUUGACAGUGUCCCGUGCUCUCUCCUCUUUAUCUAUCUUUGUAUUUUUAUUUGUAGGGGGGUAGUCGUGCUGAUAAUGUUAAGUCCCUCCUAAACUCUUCGUCCAAACCAAGAGCCAGCGCCACCCAACCAACAAACAACACACACACACACACACACACACCAUGACACCACAGCAUAACUCAGAAUCCAGGGGUACAAAAAACGGAAGACACUGAUGUGAAGAAAGUGCGCCAACAAACCAAAACAAAGCCAGCCCAUUUCUCUACCUUUUUGACACCCACACGCACCCUCUGCUUUGGUUUGUAAAUCUCUCAUUUUCCUCUUCUUGUUCUUGUUCUAGUUGUUAUAGAGAAAAUGGACUGUUGGUCUCCUCUUACAAUGGAUGACGAGUUUGAGAAGCUUGUAAUUCGGAUGAACCCUCCAAGUUUGUGUUUAAUUUUGCAGGGUUACAGUUGAUAAUGCUUCAAGCAGGAAAGCCACUCUGAUUAAGGUUGAUAGUGCUAAUAAGCGUGGUAGUUUGUUAGAGGUGGUUCAGGUCUUGACUGAUUUGAAUCUUAUAAUUAGACGAGCUUACAUUUCUUCAGAUGGAGAAUGGUUCAUGGAUGUGUUUUACGUUACAGAUCAACACGGGAACAAGUUAUCUGAGGAUGAUGUGGCUGAAAGAAUUCAACAGUCAUUGGGACCAAGAGGGCGAAGUUUCCGGUCUUUGAGACGGUCUGUGGGUGUGCAAGCUGCUGCAGAGAACACAACUAUUGAAUUGACAGGAAGAGAUCGACCAGGCUUGCUUUCUGAGAUUUUUGCUAUUCUUACUGACCUCAAAUGUAAUGUGGUGGCCUCAGAAGUCUGGACCCACAAUUCAAGAAUGGCAUCUGUUGUUUACAUCACUGAUGAGGCUACUGGAUUGCCAAUUGAUGAUCCUGAUAGGCUCACUAAGAUCAAACAGCUUCUCCUAUAUGUUCUAAAGGGUGACAGAGAUAAACGAAGUGCCAAUACAGCUGUAUCUGUGGAUUCCACUCAUAAGGAGAGGCGGCUGCAUCAGAUGAUGUAUGCUGAUCGUGACUAUGACAUGGAUGAUGCAGAUUUUGGCUCGGCAAGCGAACGCAAACCUUUUGUGACAGUGGAAAAUUGUGUAGAUAAGGGUUACACUAUUGUGAACUUGAGGUGCCCUGACCGGCCAAAGCUACUAUUUGAUACGGUGUGCACAUUAACAGAUAUGCAAUACGUUGUAUAUCAUGGAACUAUCAUAGCUGAAGGACCGGAAGCUUGCCAGGAAUAUUUUAUAAGGCAUAUGGAUGGUUCCCCUGUUAGUUCCGAAGCAGAGAGGCAAAGAGUAAUCAAUUGCUUGGAGGCUGCUAUUAGAAGGAGAACUUCUGAGGGUGUAAGAUUGGAACUUUGCAGUGAGGACAGGGUAGGCCUUUUAUCUGACGUGACUCGCAUUUUUAGGGAAAACGGUCUUUCUGUCACCCGAGCUGAGGUUACUACCAGGGGUUCCCAGGCAGUGAAUGUUUUCUAUGUCACUGAUUCAUCUGGAUAUCCAGUGAAGAAUGAAACAAUUGAAGCAGUUAGAAAAGAGAUUGGCUUGACUAUGCUUCAUGUGAAUGAUGAUGCUCACUCGAAGUCCCCGCCCCAGGAGCGUGGUUUAUUCUCUUUGGGUAAUAUCUUCCGAUCUAGGUCAGAGAAGUUCCUUUAUAACCUGGGUCUGAUAAGGUCAUAUUCUUAGGAGUCCAAUAGCUAAACUAGGUUGUCAGCAACGUAAAUGUUGGUUGUUUUGCUUAGUCACACAGGUUGUUCCUUAGAGCUUCGGUUCAAUUUCUUGUUGAUCUUGAGUGAGGCAUUAAAGUUGCAAUCAAAUUUGAAUUUGUAAAGCUUCUUUUAAGUAUCUUGUUCCGGCUA